UGUGCUCUGGCAGCCCAGAAAGCCUACUGUGUCCUGGGCUGCAUCCAGACCAGCUUGGGCAGCAGGACAAGGGAGGGGAUUCUGCCAUGCUCAGGUGCAUCUGCAGCCCCAAGCCAUGUCCUGCUACAGCCCGUGCCGGCCCUGCCAGCCCUGUGGCCCCACCCCGCUGGCCAACAGCUGCAAUGAGCCCUGUGUCAGGCAGUGCCAGGACUCCACCGUGGCCAUCCAGCCCUCGGCCGUGGUGGUGACCCUGCCCGGGCCCAUCCUCAGCUCCUUCCCACAGAACACCGUGGUGGGAUCCUCCACCUCUGCUGCUGUUGGCAGCAUCCUCAGCUCUCAGGGAGUGCCCAUCAGCUCUGGGGGCUUUGGCCUCUCUGGCCUGGGCAGUGGCCUCUGUGGCUCCAGGUGCUUCCCCUGCUGA